AACUUAGCUGAUUGGAGACCCUGAUUGAAACCAUGGCUCUUUCUCUUGCUUCUUGCAACCUUUCUUCUACCUUUCUCUUCCAUCUUGGCGCUUGUAAAAAGCUACCUCUUCCUCUUCGGCUCGCUAGUUUGCACUCAUCGCCUCAGGGUCGAUAUCGGUUUUUUGUCGAUCGAGGAAUGCAAUCGUCUAGUAAUGAUAUUGAAGGCUUGGGCAAAGCUUCAAGUGUGAAGAGAUGGAGAACUUAUUCUGGCGAUCUAAUUGGAGUAUCUGGAGCUUCGCUUCCUCCAUCUAACAUCCCAGUAUGGGUAGGGUGGACCUUGGGUUCCCUAGUCAUCCUCGCCAUACCUUUCUACAAGAGAAUAUUCACCAAAAAAGGUGAUGAGAUAGAGAAGGUAGCCGAAGAAGUUGUGGAAGCAGUGGAAAAGGUUGCAGAGGUGACUGAACGAGUAGCAUCAGAUGUGGCCAAUGCACUUCCUGAUGGAGUAGGGCUCAAGGAGACGGCCCUGCAGAUUGAGAAAAUAGCUCAUGAAGUAGACAAAGAUGUUAAGCUGGUGGAAGCCAUUGUUCAUCAGGUGGAUCUGGUGAAAGAAGAAGUAGAAGCCUUGGUUAAGCCCACAAUUGAUGGAGAAGAAAAGAUCAUGGAGAAGGACGAGGAAGAGGGAAGCAAAGACCAACCAAUUGCCAACAAGUGAAAUCGUUGUAUUCAGGAUCAUUGUAUAUUAAUUUGUUUAAAUUGAUUUUCGUUUUCUUUGUACAUGAAUGUUAAUGUGUUUAAUAAAGUGGUGUUGGUCUGUUGGAGUUA